CAUAAAUGAACUAAGAGACGAUCAGUGAACUUUGAUCAAGAGAGCCCUAUUCCAGAAGAUAAGGUCGCCAUAUUGAGAUUAGGACACACAAUGGCGGAUAAUAUUGAUGCUAGAUCAGGAGAUCACAUUGUGAUUGACGUAAAAGCACGGUUGAAAGAAAAUCUGUCGGGUAAUUUGGCCAUGUCACCCAAUAGCAGCAUCUUCAAAGUCCCAACCAUACUCUCUAGGCACAGGUUACAGGCUUACCAACCAAACGCAUUUUCCAUCGGUCCCUUCCAUCACAAUGAAAAACAACUGAAACCCACCGAAAAGAUCAAAUUCAAAUAUUUGCUUGACCUUACCUCUCGUCUUUCAGAUCCAAAUUACAAUCCAAACCCCACAGAUCGUGACACGGCUUUGAGUAACUUAACCGAAGCCAUUCACAAGGUUCGGAACGAGGCUAGGGAGUACUAUGCCGGACCAAUUCCCGUGGAAGCAGACAAAUUUGUAGAGGUUUUGGUACUUGACGGUUGCUUCAUCAUCGAGCUUUUCCGCAAGAAGGAAUACAAGAGUCUCAAAGGGGAAAACGACCCAAUAUUCUCUAUGUCCUGCCUUCUCCAAUUUCUAUCACAUGAUUUGAUAUUGCUAGAGAACCAAAUACCUUGGAUGGUGCUUGAAAUUUUGUUUAACUUGACUAUUACUUCUAUAGAUGAUGUUCAGAAGCCCCUUGUUGACCUAGCCAUUAAGUUUUUUGGUGCGGUUUUCUCAACUACGCAACCUUCCACUGAUCGUCUUCGUUCUAUCCAGAGCAAACACAUUCUUGAUCUAUUGAGAAAUUCAUUGGUUUUGGCUUCUCAAAUAAAACAAGAUCAUUUCGCCGGUAAGCUCGAGCAAAUGCGUUCAGCCACACGUUUGGAUGAUUUUGGGAUCAAAUUCAAGAAGGAUGAGAACGCUGAAUCUAUAUUGGAUAUCAAGUUCAAUGCAAAAGGUGAAUUGAUGAUUCCACCCCUUUUAAUUCAGGAGACAACCGAAACUGUGUUUCGAAACCUCAUCAGCUUGGAGCAGUGUUGCCUUGAUUAUGAGCCUAAAAUCACUUCCUAUGCUGUGCUGUUGGACAACCUCAUCAACACUAAAGAUGACAUGGAAUUGCUUUGCAAGAGUGAGGCCAUUAGUAAAUGGCUGAAUGUUGAGGAGGCGACCAAAUCAUUCAACAAUCUCUACAUUGACACAUACCUCAAAGAAUCCUUUUACCUCAAACUUACUCGUGAUGUGGAUAAAUACUGCCACGACAGAUGGCAUAGAUAUUUAAAAGCACUUAUGCGUGAGCAUUUCAAGCACCCAUGGGCAGCUAUUUCGGUCUUCGCGGCAUCUAUCUUACUGUUUCUUUCCUUACUACAAACCGUGUUCACCAUUAUGGGAUAUUAUAAAAAGGAACCUCUGUUUGCUUUAACUGUUUUCCAUGCAACUUUUCUCUUACUCAGAUGUCGUGGAGGCUGGACUUCCAAUCCAAGUUACAGCCGUGGUUAUCAUUUAAGUAUUGAAGAUUAUUACAAAGAGACAUAUAAAAUGGCUGCGGUUGGAGGAGAUCAUGUUAUUGAUGUAGAGGCAUUGACAAAGAACAUCGAAGGAAAGCUGUCGGGUGAGCUGUCCAUGUCACCUCUGUGCAGCAUCUUCAAAAUCCCAACUAUACUCCUUAGACACAAUCAAAAUGCUUAUGCACCCAACGCCUUUUCCUUUGGUCCCUUCCACCACAAUAAAGAAAACCUGAAACCCACAGAGAGGAUCAAAGCCAGAUAUUUGCGCGACCUUAUCUCUCGUCUAAUUGAUUCUGAUCCAAAUAACCCGAAUCCUAAUAUGGAUCCUGUUCAAACGAGGACGUUGAUGAUCAAGACUCUCACCGAAGCCAUUAACAAGAAGCGGAAGGAGGCUCGACAGUACUAUGCUGGACCAAUUGGCAUGGAAGAAGACAAGUUCGUCGAGGUUUUGGUCCUUGAUGGUUGCUUCAUCGUUGAACUUCUCCGCAAGAAAGCAUACGAGGGUCUUAGAGAUCGAGAAAACGGACAAGAAAGAGACCCAAUAUUCUCCAUGUCUUGUCUCCUUCAGUAUCUUUGGCAUGACUUGUUAUUGCUAGAGAAUCAAAUCCCUUGGAUGGUGCUUGACAUUUUGUAUGGGUUGACAACGACACCUAUUGAUGACGAGAAGCCUCUCGUUCAACUAGUCAUCGAGUUCUUUGGUAACAUUUUCUCAACUUCACCACCUCCUAUCGAACCUCUCCUUUCUAGUCCACAUCCUGGCAAACACAUUCUUGAUUUGUUGAGAAAUUCAUUGGUUUUGAAUUCCAGUAUAAUACACCAGAAUAAAACUAAUUCGGACACCAUCUCAUGUGAGCUGGAGCCUAUGCGUUCAGCUACGAGUCUCGAGGAAUCCGGCAUCAAAUUCAAGAUGUGUGCCUCAAAAUCCAUCUUGGAUAUUAAAUUCCACGAGAAGCAAGGUGUUUUGGAAAUUCCAACUCUCUUCAUCCAAGAGACGACGGAAACUGUGUUUCGAAACCUCAUCAGUCUGGAGCAGUGUUGCCCUAAUUAUGACCCCAUAAUCACUUCCUACGCCGUUCUGCUGGACAACCUCAUCAAUUCUAAAGACGACAUGGAAAUACUUUGCAAAAGCAAGGCCAUCUAUAACUGGCUGAACAUCGACGACGCAACAAGAUUCUUCAACAAGCUUUACAUUGACACUUUUGUGAAGGAAACAUUUUAUAUAGAACUCACGCAUCAAGUGAACGAAUAUUGCCGAUAUCCUUGGCAUAAAUACCGAAGAGUGCUUAUGCGUGACUAUUUCAAGCAUCCAUGGGCUUUUAUUUCGGUCAUUGCUGCUACUACUGCACUGAUUCUUACCUUCUUACAGACCUUAUUUCCCAUCAUCAAGCCAUAGAUUGUAAUAAUACAGGACAUUGCGUGUGAUAAGAAAUGUACUUUUUUCUUUAUCAAUGAAGAAUCAGUAAUAUUG